GGCAACUCCUAACGAUAUAUCAUCUUCGUGCUUUCCUAGAGUAUCAAGUUCGAACCAUAUUCGGUAGGUACUAGGCGUGGUGGGUACCAGCAAGACAGUAUUUGUCUGGCUCCUCAAGGCUUCCUAUUUCAUCUUCGCAAUUACCUAGUACAUAUAGACAGACCUACUACUACAUACCUACAAAGUAGACAUGUGCCUAAUAAAUAAGUAUUUGACCACUCUUAAACACAUCGUAUACUCCUCCGUCUGUCACUUAUAAUUCGACAACACCUUACUUUACGUUAGACCAUUGUAAUACGAAUUUAGGUGUAUUGCUAAAGUACAUCCGAAGAGCAAAUUUAGUCACAUUCAUUGCUAUGUCUUUACGAGGAUGGUCUCUGCCUAGCAGAGCGUUUGCCCGUGAGAAAUCCAAGGAUAGCGACCCAAACCAACCAGGCGGUAGAUUCCCUACAGUUCACGUUAGCAGCCCUGGUCCCGGUAAAAGGGCGAAUAUCUCUUCAGCCUUCUCAAGUCUAUUCGAGAAGGACGAGAACCGUCAGAAUGUUCCGACCACAGACAACCCUCGUUCUGCUACCAGGGAGCUACAGCCCCUUUCAGCCCGCAUUGAAAACGUGCUAUCACUUUCAGAGUCCAAAAGUCUCAAACGCGUCUCUAGCUUCUAUCGUCCCGGUACCCCUAUUGACCUGACCCCCGGGCGCAAACAUAUUGGUCAACUCUCCUCAAAACAGGACGAAGGAAAUAAGGGGGCUCGUCAAAGCAGCCUGCUGAAAGAUCGCAACCCAUAUGCUAGAUUACCAGAGGUUAAGAUCCCAGAAGCUGUGAAAUCACUCGCGUCCGUCACUAGGGUUCGUAGUGCUUCGUCAUCUUAUCCAUCCGAAGGUAUUCGUUCCCCUGUCGACUCCAGCCGUUCUCCACAGCUGAACACUUGGUCGGAGAGCUUCUUGUCGGAAAUGUCUCGAUAUGGCGUAUACCAGUCACAAGAAACCUCGACCAAGUCCAGCGUUUCAACAAACGACGUAUCAGCCCUACACGAUAAAACGGGCCAAUGCCUGAUGGAAGAACUAGCCGCUACUGGCGGUGUCUCAGAUACAGAUACUAGAACAGCUAGUGGAGAGUAUACUCCUAAACAUGCUCUCUCGGGCAUCACUUCUGUCGGGUCUAUACCAGAACAGGACGAUGUGUUACAAAAAUUGGGUUGUGACGAUGAUGAAAAUUCUAGCGAGGCAACACAGAAGCCUCCAGCUUCGCCCUCUUCUCCGGGUGAUACAAUCCCCGUACCAGAAGAUCAAUUUUCCAGCACUUCAGCUGUUCAAGGCAGCUUUCCCGAGCUUCUCUUGUCGACAAACUUUAGCUCAUUCGAGGAUGACAUACCGUUUCGGCCGAGUAACGCCGGUUCCAUGGACCGCCUACGCCCGAGCACGGAAUCGCGGGCAACAAAUUUGACCAAGAUACAAUGGCAGAGCGAAAGCAACCAGUAUCACACUAUGCCCACACCCUCACCGAAACGUUUCUCGCGUGGCUCUCUUGCCGCCCUCGGAUCAAGAUCUGACCCCGAGGGCGCCCACAUGCCCGGCUUGCACUUCAAGCACUCGAACGCGUCCUCCACCACCCUCACCAAGCGCAUCCAGAAAUUCAAACUCAAGAAGUGGAUCAAAAAGGUAUAUCUCCGUACCAAGGUGCGUUUCGAUAGCGCCACCACCAGCACCAGGCCCGAGACGUCAUCCAAUACAAAUACACUAGGCAAGAAGAAGACCAGGGCCCAAAAGCCACGGCGGUCGAAAAAGCAUGGCGGUAAAACGAUCAAGAUCAAGUCGAAGGGUAGCUGGAAGCCUCCCAAGGCCGCGAAGAAAUCGGCAAAGAAGGGCGCCAAGGAAGAUGGCGGCAGAGCCAAUUAUUGGUUCAUGCGCUCGCUCAAGACGAAGAAUAAUGCUGGAAUGUCGGGAAGAGAAAAAAAGGAAGCUAGCCAUAGGAGAGUGCAGUCGUGCCCAGCUUAAGUAGUAAGUAAGGGGUGCCAGGACGGAAUAGGAGGUGAUUGUAGGGGGGCUGUUUUAGAGGAUAGGAGUUCAAAAUCGUGACGGAUUCUACUCGGGUUCCGGAGGUUGUUCAACUUGGAGUUCGAUCGUUGGGGUUAGGGCUGGACUGUAUGUAGGUAUGUAUUGGUAUUGUAUUUGGGAAAGGGGGGUUGGUUGGUUGGUUGGUUGGUUGCUGUCGUUUUCUCUUAUCCCGACAUUGCUUGUGGCAGUGUCAGUCAGUAC